AUGGCGGAAGAACCCUCGAUACCUACGGAUAUCCCAAAUCCACUUGCGCCGGAGCAAUCCCUCAAAAGGCCAGCCGAAGCACCACUAGAAAAAGCACAUCCGCCCCAACCUAUCUUUGACGAAGACUCGGCAACGACGAAAGCAGAAAAGGUAGAGCGCCACGGUCCUGAGGUAGCAAAUGGGAAUAUAGCUGCUGAAGACUUGUUUGAAGAAUCGCCUGCGAAACGGUUAAAAACAGCUCCUGCUUCAAAUGAGGACACGGAAGCACCCAAAACUGAUGCGCGGGAGAAGGUCAAGGGGAUAGCUUUAGUAAAGCCAGAAUAUCUCAUAGACAGCUUUGUAAGAUCAGCCAAGAGCAAUGACAAUCAGAUUGACGACGACGCUGCGGAAGGCCGCCCUCGAGAUGCGCGAGACAAUAAUGCAGGUGGAAAAAAGAAGAGGAAAGAAAAGGGUCAGAACAAGAAUAGAGAAUUCGGAUCCUGGUCUGACACCAUCAAACUAUGCAAUACUGUCGCCAACUAUUCAGAAUUCUCUCCCAAGGAAUGCCAAUUUGGAGCCAAGUGCAGAAUGUCCCAUGAUUUGCGGGAAUACCUGCGGGAAGGAAAGAGCGAGGAUUUAACGACCUUCAAUGGCAAAUGUCCAGUUUGGGAAGUCAAUGGAAAGUGUCAUGCGGGUUGGAAAUGUCGUUUUGUUGGAAGCCAUUCCAAGGAGGUUGAAAGAGAAGAUGGUAGAAAAGAAUUGGUCUUAAUAGAGAACGAAAACCUCAUCGAGCCGCAAGAUGGCAAUGAUGAAAACCGAAAGGGUAUCUUCAACAUCAUAUCUACGAAGGAUAAACUCGAUUUGAGCAGGAAGCGAACCGUCACGGAAAAGGCAGAUCAGUACACGAAAUGGAUGGAAGCCGAUGCCGCUCAGAUGCAGAAAGUCUACCAAGCCAGAAAGGAGAACCUGGCCGACCAGAGAGAAGAGAACCGAGCUCAAUACAUCGAACCUCCCUUUUUACCAUCAGAGAAGAGAAGAAUAUACUUUGGACCAGAGACUCCCGUAUUAGCACCUCUCACGACACAGGGUAAUCUUCCUUUCCGACGGAUGUGUGUAGAACUUGGUGCUCAGCUCACAUACUCGGAGAUGGCAAUGACGCUUCCUCUGAUUCAGGGACAGAAAUCCGAGUGGGCUUUGAUGAAAGCCCACGAAAGUGAGAUAUCACCACCAAAGUACAACCCAACCUCUAUUGUCCAGAACUACGAUAACUCCAAAGAUCUCAAAUUUGGUGCUCAGGUAUCCGCAAACAAAGCUUGGGCGGCACUUAAGGCGGCAGAAGUUAUGCAAAGAUAUAUCCCACAUCUGCGACUGAUUGAUCUGAAUUGCGGAUGUCCAAUUGACUUGGUGUACAAGUCCGGAGCAGGUUCUGCUCUACUUGACUCUCUUUCAAAAUUAGAAAAGAUGGUUCGGGGCAUGAAUGCAGUCUCUGGUGAGGUACCUAUCACUGCCAAGAUUAGAAUGGGAACAAUGACCGCGAAACCGACUGCUCAGAAGACCAUCGAGCGUUUAGCAUUCGGCGGCAUUGAGACGGCAGAUAGAAUUGGAGCUCCUGGUUGUGCUGCAAUUACUUUACAUGGCCGAAGCAGACAGCAAAGAUACACGAAAAAUGCGGACUGGUCUUACAUUGCAGAAUGUUCUGCGCUUAUUGCGUCUUACAACAAAAAGAAAGAUGAGAUCACUGAUACUGUCCGGGAACCAGAUGCCCGGACGUUGUCUAAUUCAGCCGACGGAAAGCUUUAUUUUAUCGGAAAUGGAGAUUGCUAUUCACACGUCCAAUACUUGGAUAGUGUCCAGAACGCGGGGGUGGAUUCAGUCAUGAUUGCUAGAGGUGCUCUAAUCAAACCAUGGCUGUUCGAGGAGAUUGAAAAGGGGCAAUACCUAGACAAAUCUGCUUCAGAACGACUUGGAUAUGUCGAAAAAUUCGUGCGUUAUGGUUUAGAGACCUGGGGCUCAGACGAAGUUGGUGUUGGCACCACUCGAAGAUUCUUGCUGGAAUGGCUGAGCUUCGCGUGCCGAUAUGUCCCAGUUGGAAUACUUGACCAUCUUCCACCAAACUUGCAAGAUAGACCUCCCGCUUAUAGAGGUAGGAAUGAGAUGGAGACUCUGCUUGCCAGUGACAAUUACUUGGAUUGGAUCAAGAUCAGCGAGAUGUACCUUGGCCCGGCCAACAAGGACUUCCGAUUUCAGCCAAAACACAAGUCUAACAGCUACGAGAUCGAAGCUGAAGGAUGA